UUCUCCAUGAACAUCCUCAAAGCAGGCUGGAGACUUUGGUGUGCACAUUGUACAUACACAAGAUUCAUUUUCGAUAUUUAUCUCUUUUCUUUGAGGAGUUAGGAGUUAAAAGUGAAGUCUCUGAAGUUGCCCAUCUCAAUAUCGAAUUGACGGAAGUAGUUAAAACGUUUACUUGUUGUAAUCAAAUCACAAUGCAACUACAAAAUAUAAUAGAGCAACAAUAAGAACAAUACAAGUGUCACCAUAAUAAACGUGCGGAAAACGCUUUACCUCCUUGGACGAAACUAUUAGCAGUUUAUGAACGUAUGCUAGGUAGCCGAACAGCCCGCGGAUGGAUUUAUGAUUUAUAAACUUAGACCGGAACUAUAUAUUUUUUUUCUUUCAAUUGGUGGCGUUGUUUGACUAUGAAAAAUAUCAAAGUAAAAACGUGUUUUUAGUUGCCAUGCCAACCCUCAGUUGGAAGAGAACCGACAGUAAAAGAUUGGAUUUGAGAUGGUCUCUGCGGAUGUGGACGCAGCAGCUGCAUCCUCAUAACCGCACCACGCCCUCCAUGCGUGCAGUGACACCUCGCCGGGAAGAAGAAGAUGGAGACCAGAAUCUUCCUGCUAACUUUGGCACUCACGGCUCUCUGUGAUGGUAUCCUGCCGGAAUGGAUGCAGUCUGGCUUCCAUCACAGUCAGGAGAGCAAUUCUGUUCCAACAGACCAAAUUGUGAGCAUGAAUCAGCGACGGGAGAGUGAUGAGGGACAGACCGAGGAUGAAGCCCAAGCCAGUGCGACUGUCACUCCUUCAACUGCUUCCUUCACUUUGUCCACCUCCACACACCAGGAACCCAACAGCACUGUUGCUGCAACUGAACCGACAGGAGAACUGGAGAACAACAUUGAUAAUACUUGUGACCAUGAAAAAGACUGUGAGAGAGGAACUUACUGCCACUCUGACGCUCACAAGUGUUUACCUUGUAAAGCCACUGAUGUGCCCUGCACUAAGGACAAAGAGUGUUGUGGAGAACAGUUGUGUGUUUGGGGUCAGUGUAGUGAAAAUGCCACCAAGGGAGAAGCUGGCAGUACAUGUCAAUAUCAGCGAGACUGCAGAGAGGACCUCUGCUGUGCGUUCCACAAAGCGCUGCUGUUCCCUGUCUGCACUCCGAAACCCAUUGAACGCGAGAGAUGCAUUGACGCUCCGAACCACUUGAUCGAUCUGCUGACGUGGGAGGACAGUGAGGAGCAACCCAGGAAACACUGUCCGUGUGUAGGGGACCUUCACUGCCAUCAUCUGGGGCGAGGCUCCAUGUGCCUUAAAGGAGAUGAUUCAAGCGAAGAACACAUGACAGAAGAACUUUACUCUGACAUCGACUACAUCCUGUAGCCAAUCCAAAUGAAAGGAAAUGAAGCAUGUAUGUUGCUAUACUUGUGCAUAACUGUGAACGAUUUGCUCAAUAAGAGACUAUCCACCGUCACUUAUUUAUUCAGAUGUUUGCCCGACUGUUUGCUGUAGUCUUACUAAUUUACUAAUAAUAGAACAGGUUUUAUUUUGGCAUCUUGCUUCCAAUUCACAGAAUCAGCUUGAUCUACUGCUUGAUGAAUAAAAACUAUUUGCCACAUUGCACACCCCAUCUUUUGGAAGGUAGGACCAGGGCACAAAGCUGCUUAUUAAAAACAAGAUAAUGAAGCUAAAGCCCUGGUGUGAAAUCAGUCCAUUCCCCAGAGACAGUUACCAGAGCAACAAGGCAAUGAAUCAAGGCUGGUUGGGAGCAGGUGUUGUCUAAACCCAGAAUGCCAACAAAAGGACAGUUUCUGUCCUUCCUAUAAUGAAUGCCAAACAUGGGACAAAAAAAUGCAAAGGAAUGAUAAGUUCCUGCAUGUUUAUCUGGUGCUGUUACUGGCAUUAAAAAGUACCCCUGAAAAUAUGUCACUUAAUAACAACCUGUCACUUUCUGAAUACAAUUUUGAGUAGAAACUCAGGGCUACUGUGUUCGACUGGUGAGUCCUGGGUCUCUGAAGUCAUUUCUAAGGAUUUGAAUUUCAAUGAUCGACAUUCCAAGUCAAGAAGUGCAAGUUGGAGAACACAAUAAAAAGAGGAUGUUGUAAUUUCUGGAAAAAAAAGCAUUUUAAUUCAUCUCUAAAAUCCUCUAUUUU